AUGGCAAACCGCCAAUUCAACAUCGCAGUGCUCAUCUCAGGCAACGGCUCCAACCUCCAAGCCCUCAUCGACGCAUGCGCAUCCGGCGCGCUGCCAAACACACGCAUAACGCAUGUGAUAUCAAAUCGCAAAGCCGCCUACGGACUCGAGCGCGCAGCCAAAGCCUCAAUACCAACAACCUACCACAACCUCGUGCCCUAUAAAAAACAACACCCGUCCGACAUCGACCUCGCACGCCAACAAUACGACGCCGACCUCGCCAAAAUCAUCCUCGAAUCUACACCCCGACCCGACCUCAUCGUCUGCGCUGGCUGGAUGCACAUCGUCACACCCGCAUUUCUCACGCCCAUCGCCGCCGCCGGCAUCAAGAUAAUAAACUUGCACCCUGCGUUACCGGGAGAGUUUGCGGGCGCGGGCGCGAUUGAGAGGGCGUGGAAGGCGGGGCAAGAGGAGGGGUUGAAGAGGACGGGGGUUAUGAUUCAUGAGGUUAUUGCGGAAGUGGAUGCUGGGGACGCGGUUGUUACACAGGAGGUUGAGUUGAGGGAGGGGGAGGCGUUGGAGGCGUUGGAGGAGAGGAUUCAUGAGGUGGAGCAUGGGUUGAUUGUUGAGGGGACGAGGAGGGUGUUGGGGAGGAUUGGGGGGUUGUGA